UAGUGUUCUUGGUUUGGAAGAACACUUGAGGUUCUGCCACAGUUUAGACUGACACUAACAGGUUGACUUUGACCAGCGCAGCAGGAAAAGCAAAAUUCACCACUGGCCCAAAGGUCCAAAGCCUUGGAAGAGGACAAUGAAGGGGAAGAUCUCAGGUAAAAGGUGUGAUGUUUCAUCCCAAAAUCAGGCAUCUUUAUUACAGAUUCCACAAUCAUGGCCAUCUAACGUCCCCACCGGCGCUGGCGCAUCAAUCACCAGCCCGGCUAAGAAAUGUAAACGGAAUCGACACAAUCAUUUCCGGAGACGUAGAGUUAGGAACGCAGGCAAACACAGAUGGGCUGUAGGGGGCUCCAAAUGGGUACAAAGGCAGAGCAGCCGAGGGCAUUCAGCCGCCGGCCCUCAGCCACAGAGACCCAUAGUCCAGUACGACACUGCUCAAGGCCUGGACACACCAGAGCAGGAUAUUCCCAGGGUCAGUGAACAGGACAUCAGUUGCUGCCAGUUGCUCCGAAACGGAGCAUACAUUGGCAAUGAGACACGCAGCAUCGAGUUCAAACUAGGCGGAGGAAAAUAUAUGGAGAAGAUUUUCAGCACACAGGUUUUGAAGUACGGCUGUGCCUUCCUGAACAGCGGGGGAGGGAGUCUGCUGGUCGGGGUGCGGGACAACGGAGUGGUCUGCGGUGUGUUCUUCGACCAUAAGAAGGAGGACCGGACCCGCCUGCAAGUGGACGACACGGUCAAGCAAUUCGACCCUCCGCUCUUUCCCCACAACUACAGCCUGCGCUUCCUGCCUGUGAUAACACCUGGCAGGCGAGAACAUUGCCUCAAGGUGCUGUGCCUCACCUUCCGAGCGCCUCCGGCCUUCGCAGAGCCAACCCUGUAUCAGGUUGGCGAGGGCCAGGUGUACAUGAGGCGGGAUGGGAGUGUGCAGGGGCCCUUGGGUGUCUCCGUCAUCCUGGAGUGGUCCAGACAGAUGUGGGCGGGUAAGGUGAAGCAGCUGGAGCAGCACGUGUGCGAAGCGACAUCUGAGAAGUGGUUCUUAGCCGGGCAGCUCCACACUUUACGCUUGGCUAUCGGUCCGCUGCAGCAGAUCGCAACAUCACUACCGCAGAGGCAGCAACGGCACAGGCACAGGAGGAGCAGUCUGAGGUGGAACCGGAGAUCAAACCUCAGCAGCCAGCUGUGAGAACUCCAGAUGCCAGGCCAGCUCACUGCUGGAUCGGGCUCUGGUAUCCACUCCGCCUCCAGAACCGAGCCACGCCUGAGCUCAUCUGGCCGGGAGGUUUGGCUGAGAUGCACGCCGUAGCAAAAUAAACUCAAAGAAGCAAACAAAAGCACAGUCACGGUCUAAAAG